CCUUAUUAUCUCACGACUCGACUACUCUCCGCAUACGCCACCCCCCUCUGCCAAUCCCUCCACUGGCCUCCACUCAGUGUCCUCCACCCCCCUCUGCCAAUCCCUCCACUGGCCUCCACUCAGUGUCCUCCACCCCUCUCUGCCAAUCCCUCCACUGGCCUCCACUCAGUGUCCUCCACCCCUCUCUGCCAAUCCCUCCACUGGCUUCCACUCAGUGUCCUCCACCCUUCUCUGCCAAUCCCUCCACUGGCCUCCACUCAGUGUCCUCCAUCCCUCUCUGCCAAUCCCUCCACUGGCCUCCAUUCAGUGUCCUCCACCCCUCUCUGCCAAUCCCUCCACUGUCCUCCACCCCUCUCUGCCAAUCCCUCCACUGUCCUCCAUACCUCUCUGCCAAUCCCUCCACUCAGUGUCCUCCACCCCCCUAUGUCAUUCCCUCCACUGGCUCCACCCCCCUAUGUCAUUCCCUCCACUGGCUCCACCCCCCUCUGUCAUUCCCUCCACUGGCUCCCGACUGCCCAACACAUAAAAUUAAAAUUAGUAACACUGACGUACAAAGCUAUUCAUAACACUGCCCCAAACUACUCACCGACCUGAUAUCCAUCUACCACCCAAAAUGUACUCUUCGCCCCUCACAAGCCUCCCUACUCUCUAGGUCCCUGGUCUCUUCCUCCCAUGCCUGACUCAAGGACUUCUCCAGGGCUUCCCCCAUCCUCUGGAACUUACUACCCCCAAUCCAUCAGACUGUCACCUACCCUCCUUACCUUUAGGCACACCCUGAAAACCCAUUUCUUCUGGGAGGCCUACCCCGCCCUCACCUAACUGCCGAUCUCCUCCACUCCUCCUACCACUCCAUCCCCCACAACCAUUUCCUCCUGUGCCACCAUCCCCUCCC